AUGGGGCGGGAUGGCUUAUCAACUUGGUGGGCAUGGCUAAGAUUUGACUUCAAAGAGCUUCUACUCAAAUAUCUUCUCCAUCGAAGCAUCUCCAUACAAAUUGCAAUAAAACCUGUUCAUGCUCCUGAAAAUUCCUUCUCAGCAACCUUCUUACUUGCUUCAGUGCUUUUACCAUGCACUAGCCUAGUCUCUUCAGCUAAUAACAGGACAGACAAGCUCGCGUUACUUGCAUUCAAGGCUGCUAUAACUGAGGACUCUUUCGGGGCGCUGAAUUCAUGGAACCAUACGACCGACCACUGUUGGUGGUAUGGUGUCACAUGUGGUCGCCUGCACCGCAGAGUCACGGGACUAGAUCUACAAGACUUGAAGCUCUCGGGAUCCAUCUCCCCUCACAUUGGAAAUUUGAGCUUCUUGAGAGUCCUGAUGCUCAACAACAAUAGUUUCCAUCACGAAAUCCCGCAACAAGUCGGUCAUUUGCACAGUUUACGUAUCUUGCAUUUGUUCAACAACACAUUGGAAGGCGAAAUCCCGAGAAACUUGUCGGGUUGCGCUCGCCUUACACACCUCCGCCUAGGUCACAAUCUGCUGGUCGGAGAAAUUCCCGUCGAGCUCGGUUCUUUGCUGGAGCUUCAGUUUCUCGCUUUACGUAGGAACUAUCUAACAGGAACUGUUUCUUCAUCCAUCGGAAACAUGUCAUCAUUAGAGAUUCUCAGUCUGGGUUCUAAUGAGUUAGGUGGGAAGAUACCCCAAGCUCUAGGAAAAUUAAAUAAGCUCAACUUGCUUGCUUUAGGACUAAAUAGGUUAUCCGGCACAAUUCCUCCAUCUGUCUUCAAUCUUUCUUCUGUGAUGCUGUUCGACAUCGGUGAAAACCAAAUAGGAGGGAAUCUUCCUGCCAAUAUAGGCUUCACGCUUCCAAACAUCGAGAUUUUCAGCAUUUCCAAUAACCAGUUCACUGGAGCGAUUCCUCGGUCAAUGUCUAAUGCAACCACUUUAGAGUUGCUUCUAGCCAGUAUGAACAAACUCUCGGGAAACAUGCCUCCUUUGGACCGCUUAAACAAGCUCCAAGAAUUGGACGUCUCUUCUAAUUAUAUGGAAAGCAGAGGAUAUGGUGAUUUGAGCUUCUUUUGCUCGUUGACUAACACCACCAGCCUACUGCAUUUGUUCAUGAACAACAACAGGUUUGGUGGAACGUUCCCCGAGUGCAUCGGUAAUUUCUCCAUUACUCUCUCGCAAUUGUGGCUGAACAAUAAUCCACUGUCUGGCACGAUUCCUCGAGUAAUCGGAAAUCUUGUCAACUUAGAAAGGUUGUUUUUGGGCUACAACAGGUUUUCAGGUUCGGUCCCCUUGGUUUUGGGAAAUCUUCAUAACCUAGUGGAACUGGAUUUAUCGCAUAAUAAGUUUUCCGGAGAAAUUCCUUCUUCAUUAGGAAACCUAGUAAACCUAGCACGACUCCAUCUCGAUCACAAUAACUUUCACGGCCGCAUUCCAUCAUGUCUAUCAAAGUGCCAAAGGUUGGUGGAGCUUGAUCUUUCUAGUAACAACUUAAAUGGAACUAUACCUCCAGAGUCCAUAGCUCUCUCAUCACUUUCUAUAAGUCUGAACUUGUCUUGGAACCAACUCGCUGGUGUCCUACCUAAGGAAGUUGGGGAAAUGAAGCUUUUGGCUCAAUUGGAUGUCUCUAGAAACAUGUUAGUUGGCGACAUUCCGGCCAGUCUUGGCAGUUGUGUUGGAUUGGAAGUGCUCAAAAUGCAGGAGAACUCUUUCCAAGGCUCCAUUCCUUCCUCUAUUAGCAUGUUGAGGAAUGUCAAGGAGCUAGAUCUUUCACACAACAAUUUAUCCGGUCAGAUUCCGGAGUUUUUCGAGGCACUUCACUCCUUGGAGAUCCUGAAUUUGUCGUACAAUAACUUUGAAGGCACAUUACCGACGAAAGGAAUCUUCAAUAAUGUCAGCGUUACUUUUGUCUCUGGAAAUGACAAGCUUUGCGGAGGAAUGCCUGAAUUUCAUCUCCCGAAAUGCAGCUCUAGAAACUCAGGCCGAAAACUAACCCUUGAGUGGAAGCUCGCCAUCUCGAUUUUCUUUGGGGUUCUUGGAAUAGCUCUAGUUCUUGCUCUUAUGUACUUUGGUUGGUUGAAGAAGAAGAAAAGAACAGAACCAGCUUCAAGUUCCAAAGAUGAUUCAUCACUGAAUCUAUCUUACGGAAUUCUUUUUAAGGCAACCAAUGGGUUUUCUUCAAGUAACUUGAUCGGGGUUGGUGGCUUUGGAUCUGUUUACAAGGCAGUCCUCGGUGAGAAUGGAGCUGUCAUUGCUGUGAAGGUACUUAAUUUGACGCUUCAUGGUGCUUUGAAGAGCUUCAUAACCGAGUGCGAGGCUUUAAGGAAUGUCCGACACCGUAAUCUUUUGAAAGUCCUAACAGUAUGCUCGGGCACUGAUUACAAGGGCAAUGAGUUUAAGGCCUUGGUUUAUGAGUUCAUGGUCAAUGGCAGCCUAGAAGAUUGGCUACAUCCAAGUCCAUCAUCAGCUGAGUUAGAAGCAAAUGCAAAGAAAUUGAGUCUCAUCCAGCGGAUAAAUAUUUCCAACGAUGUUGCUUCAGCAUUGGAUUAUCUCCAUAACCACUUGCAAAGCCCUGUUAUCCAUUGUGAUAUGAAGCCAAGCAACGUCCUGUUAGACGACAAAAUGGCUGGACAUGUUGGAGACUUUGGUUUGGCGAAGGUCGUGAUUGAAUCCACCGAUGACACUAAAGCAAAAAUGAGCUCUACUGGUGUAAGAGGAACUAUUGGCUAUGCUGCUCCAGAAUACGGAAUGGAAAGCGUGGUUUCAAGAGAAGGCGAUGUUUAUAGUUAUGGCAUUCUCUUGCUUGAGAUGUUCACGGGCAUGAGUCCAACAAGCAAAAUGUUCAGAGAAAAUUUUAACCUUCACAAGUUCGUUGAGGAAGCCUUGCCUGAACAACUCUUAGAGAUUACCGAUCCUCCUCUACUUCAAGAACUGGAGAGCCAUAUGGGCACCGGCCGAGGCAAUGCAGCUCGUGAAUGUCUGGAGAUGGUCUAUAGAAUUGGGGUUGCCUGCUCAGUCGAAGCACGCAGAGAGCGGACAAACAUUGCGAAAGUCGUAGCUCAGCUGCAUUUUAUUAGGGAUAAACUUCAUGCAGCUGGUUUACAAUGAUAGGUUAUAUGAACUCAGGAGUGCUUGGAGUCGGUUUCAGCAAUUCCAGUAGAAUCUUUUCUUCUCCCAUGCUUAGCACUAGAAAAAAGGGGAUGCGUGCUAUGUUAGUAUAGUAGAUUUAGGGAAGGCAACGGUUCUCCGAUAUCGGCCACGGCUCAAAAUGAGAACUCAAUCUCGUCUUUUAUUCAAUAAAACUCGGGUUUUGGCUCAAUUGCUGCAAGAACUGCAAGUAACUCUUUUAAUUUGAUGACGGCUCGAUGCAUUCCUUCUUUUGCAAACCUUUUCAUGUAC